GUUCGCGCCCAAUUUCACACACGUACUCUUCCUCAAGCAGCAUGUCCGAUACGCCGACUUCUCAGUAUUCUGACAUAAUCCUACCGUUCGUUGGCGACAAAGACUCUGCCAGAGCACGGCGUAUAUCUGCACCAGUAUCACCUGCAAAGACACAGUCGUCGCGGCUCGGUAGGUCGGGUGACCGAACGCGCUCUCCGUCACCGUCUCCUGAUCCUUUCAGCUCACGCACUCCUCGCAAGCGCGCCUCCGUCGCUAUCACCGCCUCAGAUAAAAACGAGCUUCGACAAGCAGACGCGGGCGGAAACGACGUGAUAAGCGCAGCCUUAGCGGCAGCUGGCAGCGUCAGUAAGAGAGGUGUGGGUAGGAACCCUCUGCCGAAAGAGUUCGCCGACCAAAGUGGGCGGGGCCAAGUGAGUGGGUAUUCGGGACAGAGCGCACCAUGUACGCCCCCUCGUCAUCGUAGUCUCUCUCGACAUCGUCGUUCCCCUUCACCUUCUCCCCGCGCGUCGACUUCGCAGCUUCCUACGCCGCUGAUUGGCACGAACGGUAACUUUUCGCCUAGCAGACGCCAUGGGACGGCUCAACGAACAUCGACUGCUCGAGACUUCACGCGUCGGCAUCAGACCAGAUGGAUGUCUGAAGACCUAUCUGCGUCUGCCCAUUUUAUGGAUGAUGCGCCGUCGACACCCAGUCGAUCCUCCACUAGUCUGGCUCAUCAUGGGAAUAGUCCUGGUAGAAGACCAACAAACAGACGUGGGUCAGAUGGACCCCCAACCCCAGGGAGAUCUCUUGUAGGUGAAGGGUUGCGAACAGCGGGUAUCACUUGGAAGCGCGACCCUCGGCCUGGGGAGGAUCCGUUCGCGCAUUCCCCCGCCAUUCAACCCGUCUCGCCACGACGAACACGCUCUACUGGGGGGAACUCAGUAGUCAACGACGUUGAGUGGGAAUCUCCCCUUCAAGCUGUGCCGAACACCCGGGUUAGUGAUCGAAGCGGACGAAAAUCUGCCGCAGAGCAGGAUGAUCAACGUCCAGUGACUUCUAUGGCGGCACUGUACCACGACAGUCCAGCGAAUGCUACAAGGGCUCCAAGCUCGACCACGAGGUUAUACCAGUCAACGCGUGCUCUCCAGCGUGAGCGCUCUACUUCCUCAGCGUAUGACGAUCCCGGGGGCGAUUCGACGACCGUGACUCGCGGUAUAGACGGUAGAUAUCCGUCUCCCUCUUCCGUUGCGAGCUCUAGACCAUCCACCGCAGCCUCUGGAGUGACACGGGACGUUCAUGCUGAGCACCGUCGCCUGAUGCUAGAGGCUCUUACCAUGUUCGAAUCGCAUCUCCCGCCAAUGGGCCAAACAACUACCUCGACAAUACCUGAAGUCUUCCAAAGUUCUCAGCAAGUUGUGCACUCUCUUGACCUCCUCAAUAAUUCUCUUCGAGCUGCCACCAACGAAGCUCUGAAGUUUCGGAUAGCCGCCGAGGUAGCCGACAGCGAUAGCGCACUCUCUGAGAUCGCUGAGAUAUGGCAUCGAGUCGGAGACGACCACCGUGAGCACCUCAAGAUUAGCGAUGAGCUCGUACGAACGACGACGCAGUUCCUUCUUGGUAUUGGGAGGAUCAUCCGCGAUGUUGCAGGCGCAUCUCAGAGUCAACACCAUCUUCGGGGUGCUAGCAUGGACGAAGACGUUGGCCGCCGGCUGACUCCUGACGUGACGUCUGCUUCGACCGACCAGAGAAGCUCUGACGGAAGGAUUAGCAGGGAAACCAGACGAAGCUGGGAUCCACGGGAGGUGACACAGUCUACUUUGCAGCGGCUGGCGAAUAUGGAUCGGACUAGCAACAGCGGAAGCAGCCGACUCCCAUCAUCUCUCAACCAACCUACGCGUGGCUCUGUUACGUCCAGCAGCGAUCGCAGAAGUCCGAGCGAGAGUGCAAUGGCGCAGACACCGCCUAUUUCUCGUCCCUUACCGUCGGUACACUCGUCGACAGGGCCCAGGCGGCUGUACGUCCCUCGCGAUCGCUCGGCAUCGGACGCUAAUGCUGCACCGUUGAUGUCAAGUCUUGACUCACAGGAGACGGUUCAUGGGUACGAACCCUCACCUACUCCGGUAGGCAGACUCUCCUCGCAGCCAGAGCGCACACGGGCCCUUCCCCCUCUUGCCAUCCCUCCAUCCCUGUCGACUCUGCCCUCAGAGUCCCUUCUGAGUCGCUCAGUAUCAUUCACAAAUCGCCGUAAGGCGUCGAGUAACUCUCAAGUGACAGUGCGCGCUGAACCAUCUCUACCAUCAGUCAUCAAACAAGCUACUGCGACGACUGCUGUUACACCUACCACGGUCUCAAACAUCGACGCAACGGACGCUGUGUCGUCAAUCAGCAGAUCAAACUCUAUAAGCUCUAUCGACUCGCAAGGCGACGUCGCGUCAAGGCCGACUGCUACUUCUGCUUUGGGUGGCAUCAAGCGCAGUUUGAGGGACGAUCUGUCUUCGCUAAGGUCUCCUAUGUCUGGAUCCGAAACCGAGAGACCCCGAACCUUCAGCCCGCGCAGUCGGGCAUCCCUCGAGGGUUCGCGACCGGAUUCUAUAGGACGAAGCAGCCAGGCAUCGACCCUCACGUUAACGCGUAAGGAGCGACGGAGAACGAUUACGGACAUAUUCUCGCAGGUCAAGCAAUAGCAUACGAUAUGUGCUCCUGCCCCCAUGCAGCACUGAGUAUGUUAAAUUGACACCUUUCACCAUUUGCAGGCUGAUGGCAGAUCAGUCAUUCUCGUAUGUCAUGCUUUAAAGUGUUGACCGCGCCAUGAUCGCCUCCCUGUCGCCUCCGGGACACUCGCACGUUCCCCUUUUCAUCUUGUGGUUAUCCUGUGUCGCAUCUUGUUCCGCUGUCCUUCGGCCCUCUCGGGUGCUCGCGCCACUUUUCCAUGUCUGUAAAAUCCUUGUUCCCUUUCUUCCUCGCCUUGCAUCUCCUCUUUUCUGUUUGUGUCAUUAUCUGGUUCGCUCCGCACGUAACGUUAUAUGGCUCGUAAAGCACGCCCGGCAUGAAUGUUCGACCGAUUCCCUCGCAUUACCAGCCCGAACUUUGCAGUAGAUUUUGCUAAUGACAUGUAGCAAUGCAUAAAAGGUACCUUAAAGCUCUUGUAGAGAAUCUUGUACAUACAGCGACCUCGACUGAAGCCUUCGCGCCGCUUGGCGGUGUCUACCAC